GUGGCUUUAUAAAGUGCUGAGCUGACCACUUCUUCUAAUUCUGGAGGAGAUAGACAUCUGAUCCUACGGUUCAAUCAAUGAUGGAGGAGGAGGUACACUACGAGCCACAGUCCGUAGAUAAAAGCAAUAAAGGACUAACUCCUCGCGAGAAACUGUGUCGAGUUGUUACGCUUAUCGUAUGCCUCAUAUUAUUGUCCAUAUCCAUAGGAGGAUUGGUCACUUUGAUGAUAAUACCUAAUGCAAACCAUCAGUUACAGACAGCUACGGUACAAGAAUCUGUCACCACCUUACUCCGCACCGUUGAUCCUUACUAUUACAAUGUGCGAGUGAGCACAUCAGACCAUACAUUGGUCAAUGUUAGUAUUGGUACCAUGGCCUGUUCUAGCCUUGUGACAUACUCAACGAGCCAUAUUGAAACCAUCACAGGUCAUCAUCUUAACAGUCACAGUACACGACACAAGUUAGAGCCAUUGGAGAAAUAUGCUUAUCUGGUCUCUGGAUCAAACAUGUUAAUUGAAGUGAAUGUCACAUCUUUUCCUCCUCAUCACUUGCCAGCUAAUGACAUUAGUCUUUACGUCUUCACUGACUGGGACAGUUAUAAUUCUUUCGAUCAGAGCCAGACGACUGUGACAAAAUACUACAAACGAAUCGAGGUUUAUAGUUCCACAGCUAUCACUUUCAUUGUGCGCGAGACUGGGUUUUAUUUGUAUGGAUUGAGUAUUCCAGUGGGAACGAAAUAUCUCUACUCGUAUGAUAUUACAAGAUUCGCUUAUAACUCGACGAAAUCCACAAAUUGCAAGCUGUCCUCUAAAUCAGAAUCCUGUCUGAUCCGUUUUGAUAAUACCAUGCUAAACGAGAAGCAGUGCAUAUUGUCAUCCUGCAGUGGAAAGAAUCACUCCAUUUAUACGAUAAAUAGUGAGCUGGUAAGGAAGCCAGUCACAUCAGGUGCUGCUAUUUUGAUAUCUACUGUUUUCGUUCUCUUAAUGAUCCUUGUUGCUCUUUUGUUUUACGAUUGCUAUCGUUAUAGACUGGACUCUAAACUGACGACUCUUGAUACAUGCGUUUUUAGACGACGCAAAAUUGUCAUAAAACAUUAAUAUGACUCUCUUUUGAUGCAUGAUUAUUUCAUUUAUUCUUAUGAUGCAUGAUUAUUUCAUUUAUUCUUAUGUAGUGUGUAUAAUAAUACAUUUUUUGAUACAUGAUUUGAUUUCUUUGUGUUAUCAUUAUAAUAUGUAGCUUCCAUAAUAAAACAUUUUGAAAAACAAUUU